CACUCUUCUUCAGCACCGUGAGGCACCUGAAGCUGCUGCCUGAGGCUGAGAUAAAACGAGCCAGCUUGGUUAAGGUGAAAUUUGAAGACAUCAAGACCUGGUCUGACCUCGUAACUCCUCAGGGGCUUCUUGGCAUUUUUUCCAAGCCUGACCCUGCCAAGAUGUCCUACCCUGCAGCUCAGCUCGCCAACUCCCUGCCCCUGCUCCUCAUCUGCGACAACAUCCGAGACCCAGGAAACCUGGGCACCAUUCUGAGAUCUGCAGCAGGAGCAGGCUGUGAAAAAGUGCUGCUCACCAAAGGCUGUGUGGAUCCGUGGGAGCCAAAGGUGCUCCGUGCAGGAAUGGGGGCUCAUUUCCGUGUGCCCAUCAUUGCCAGCCUGGACUGGGACUCUCUCCCCACCAACCUCCCUGCGGGCACCCAGGUCUGCGUGGCCGACAACAACGCCCCCAGCAGCACAUCCCUGCCCGGAGGGGCUGCCUCUGCUCCUGCCAGCCCCACAGCUCCUGUGAAAUCCAGCCCCAGGGCUGCUCCUGAGCACGAGGAUGAGGAGGGAGCAGCAAUCCCAGUGCAGCAUUACUACGAGGACUGGGCAAAGGCACCAGUGGCUGUGGUGGUGGGAGGGGAGACCCAGGGCCUGAGCCCGGCUGCACUGGGGCUGGCAGCCAGCACGGGGGGCAGGAGGCUGCUCAUCCCCGUGGUGCCAGGCGUGGACAGCCUCAACUCUGCUAUUGCUGCUGGCAUCCUGCUCUUCGAGGGCAGGAGGCAGCUGCUGUGCAGGCACAAGCAGGAGGAUGGCAGGCACAAGCUGCCUGUGCCAGGCUGAACUGUGGUUUGGGUGCUGAAGGAGCACCUCUUGCAUUUGGUUCCUUGAGGGUUAAUAAAAGAGCAGCUCGGGC